UGCAAAUUAUAAAUAUUUAUGAACAAUCCUAAGAUGCAAAACAUUACUAUUAAAAGGGUUGUGGGUUUAAAUGGUCGUGGAUUCUCCUUAAGAGACAAUAACGGGAAUAGUUAUUGGAAGCACCAGACUCGUAGAGAUGGUUUUACUGUUCGCUGUUCUCUUUGGAGGUCAAACUGUCCUGCUCGUGGUAAAAUUUUAAAUGCUGAUCCAAAUACUGUUAUUUUGAACAUUGGUCAUCUUCAUAACGCUGAAAGAGAGUUAUUAAAAGAGUUCAAAAAUAUUUUACACCAGCGUGCAAAAACUGAGCGUUUAUCACUAAGGGCAAUCUACAAUGAAGUCACUGCAUUACCAAGAUUUCAAAAUGUAAUUGUUGAUUCAUAUGAGAGUCAUAGACGGCAAAUGGCUCGCACUAGAAGAGCCCACCUACCACCAAAUCCUGGAUCUAUGCAUGAAUUUAAACAACAAUUGGAAAAUCCUAGAUAUUUUAGUUUGACGGCAAUCCACGACCAAACCUUCUUUCAUGGCAGUAUUGGCACAACUGAAGAAGAAGGCGUAACGUUGGUUUUUGUGACACCUCAUGUUAGAAAGUGAGUUAAAUAAA